ACCUCCUGUAUUUAAAACACAAAAACAGUUUAUAUAACUACACAACAUAUUCACUAAGCAGUAUAUAUAAACUACAAAACAUAUUCAAAAUUCACAAUCUAAAAUAAUACUGUUUUCCUCAAAACCUUUUCCUGCCAUGUAUCCAACAUUUUCAUUUUGUUUAUCUCUUCUCUUUGCUUUCAACUUCAUCCAAAACACAAUUACCUCUUCCUUAGGAAACAAGACAGAUAACUUGGCAUUGCUCAAAUUCAAAGAAUCUAUCUAUAAUGACCCAAAUGGAAUCUUGGCCUCUUGGAAUAGUUCAACUCACUACUGUAACUGGCAUGGAAUUACAUGCAGUCCCAUGCAUCAAAGAGUUACAAAGUUAAACUUAAAUGGAUAUAAUUUGCAUGGAUUCAUAUCUCCCCAUGUUGGCAAUCUCUCUUUCUUGAAAUAUCUCAACCUUGCAAACAAUAGUUUCUUUGGAAAAAUCCCAAAUGAAUUCAGUCGAUUGUUCCGAUUGCAGAAACUCUUCAUUAACAAUAACUCUAUCACAGGGGAGAUUCCUACAAACUUGUCAAGUUGCUCCAAUCUUGAAGUCUUAUUCUUAAGUAGAAAUCAUUUGAUUGGUAAAAUACCAAUUGGAAUCAGCUCUCUUCAUAAGCUUCGUAUGUUGGAGAUUCCAAAUAACAAUCUAACAGGAAGAAUUCCAUCAUUCAUAGGAAAUCUUUCAUCCCUAAUUAAUCUCGGAAUGGCUAGAAAUCACUUAGAGGGAAAUAUUCCACAAGAAAUGUGCUACCUCAAAAACUUGACAAGAAUGGUAUUGGAAUCCAACAGACUAAAUGGUACAUUUCCUUCUUGUCUAUAUAAUAUGUCAUCUCUUACUAUAAUCUCAGCAGUACUCAAUGAAUUCAACGGAUCUCUUCUACCCGGUAUGUUUAACACCCUCUCCAAUCUUCAAUAUUUCAUAAUAGGAGGAAAUCAAUUCACAGGUACAAUUCCUAUUUCCAUUGCAAAUGCUUCUGCCCUAAUAAAACUCGAUUUAUCUGAAAACCAUUUGUUCGGACAAGUUCCAAGUCUAGGGAAGUUACAUGAUCUUCAAUUGCUAAAUCUAGAAUUAAACAAUUUAGGUGACAAUUCAACUAAAGAUUUAGAGUUUUUAAAAUCAUUGACAAACUGUAGUAAACUACGAGGACUUUCUAUAUCCUAUAAUAAUUUCGGAGGAAAAUUGCCAAAUUUUGUAGGCAAUUUAUCCAAUCAACUUAGUCAUCUACAUCUUGCAUUUAAUAUGAUAUCAGGAAAAAUUCCUGCAGAAUUAGGAAAUCUAAUUGGCUUAACUCUCUUGAGUGUGCAAGCAAACCACUUUGAAGGAAUUAUUCCUACUACUUUUGGGAAGUUUGAGAAUAUGCAACUAUUAGUAUUGCAGGGAAAUCAGUUGUCAGGAGAGAUACCAGCCAUCAUAGGCAACCUCAGUCAACUAUAUCUUUUGAGUAUAGGAGAUAAUAUGUUAGAAGGAAAUAUUCCUUCAAGUAUAGGAAACUGCAAAAAGUUACAAUACUUAGACCUGUCACAAAACAUUCUAAGAGGAAUCAUACCCAUUGAGGUCUUUAGUCUUUCUUCCUUAACAAACUUACUGAACUUGUCAAAAAACUCAUUUAGUGGUAGCUUACCCAAAGAAGUGGGUAUGCUAAAAAAUAUCAAUAAGUUAGAUGUCUCAGAGAAUCAUCUAUCUGGUAACAUUCCUAGAUCCAUUGGUGACUGCACAGUCUUAGAAUACCUCUAUUUGCAAGGAAACUCCUUCAGUGGAACCAUACCAUCUUCUUUGGCUUCACUAAAAGGUCUACGAUAUUUAGACUUGUCAAAAAAUCUCUUGUCUGGCCCAAUACCUACUGUUCUACAAAAUAUAUCAGUUUUAGAACACUUGAAUAUUUCUUUCAACAUGUUGGAAGGAAAGGUGCCAAUAGAAGGUGUAUGUGGAAAUGUAAGCAGGUUAACUCUGACUGGAAACAAUAAGCUUUGUGGAGGUAUUUCAGAGCUUCAUCUACAACCAUGCCUUGUUAAAGGUCUGAAACAAGGAAAACACCAUAAAAUCAAGUUGAUAGUAGUAAUUGUUAGUGUGAUAUCAAUUCUUCUCAUGAUGAUAGUUAUUCUAACUAUAUAUUACAUGUGGAAAAGAAACCAGAAACAAUAUUCUGAUUCACCAACAACUGACACGCUAGCCAAGGUUUCAUACCAAGACCUACACAAUGCAACUGAUGGGUUUUCUGCUAGCAACUUGGUUGGAUUAGGAAGUUUUGGUUCUGUGUACAAAGGUAAUCUCGCAUCAGAAGAUAAAGUUGUUGCCAUAAAGGUCCUGAACCUUCAAAAGAAAGGAGCUCACAAGAGUUUCAUUGCAGAAUGUAAUACACUUAAAAAUGUAAGACAUCGAAACUUGGUUAAAAUUUUGACAUGUUGUUCAAGUACAGAUUACAAGGGUCAAGAAUUUAAGGCAUUAGUGUUUGAAUACAUGAACAAUGGAAGCUUAGAACAAUGGCUACAUCCAGGGUUAAUGAAUGCAGGGAAUCAAAGAAUGUUGGACCUAAAUCAAAGAUUGAAUAUCAUUGUCGGCAUUGCAUCUGUAUUACAUUACCUUCAUCAUGAAUGUGAGCAAUUGGUUAUUCAUUGUGAUCUAAAGCCAAGCAAUGUCCUUCUUGAUGAUGACAUGAUUGCUCAUGUGAGUGAUUUUGGAAUAGCAAGACUUGUCUCAACCAUUGACAAUACCUCUCACAAGGAAAGUAGUACUAUUGGAAUUAAAGGGACUAUUGGAUAUGCUCCUCCUGAGUAUGGAAUGGGUUCUGAAAUAUCCAUAUAUGGUGACAUGUAUAGCUUUGGGGUGCUUAUGUUGGAAAUGCUUACCGGAAGAAGACCGACAGAUGAAAUGUUUGAAGAUGGUCAAAAUCUACACAUGUUUGUUGAAAAUUCAUUUCCUAAUAAUCUUAUACAAAUUUUGGACCUACAUCUUCUACCAAGAAAUGAAGCAGCAAUAGAAGAUGAAAACAAUGGGAGUUUCACUCCGAUUGUAGAGAAGUGUUUAGUUUCACUUUUUCGGAUUGGACUUGCUUGUUCAGUGGAAUCACCAAAAGAAAGAAUGAAUAUAGUGGAUGUUACCAGAGAGCUAAGCAUAACCAAAAAGGCCUUUCUCACGGGUGUUCGAACUCGUGAUUAGUUAAAGGUGAAGUAGACGUGUCCACGAUCAUUUAGGAAAGAAAUGUGUGUGUAUGUACUAUUAUGCAGUGACACUAGAGUUGAAUGCAACAGUCCAUCAUUCGUAUGUUUUAAAUAAGAACCGAACUUUUGGAUUUUCAAUAUAUA